GGUCAUGUGAUCAGCUGUGUCCAAUCACAGCUUAUCACAUGGGACAUGUACACUGAUCAUCAGGGCAAUGAUGAUCAGUGUGCCCUGAUGAUCAGUGUGGCCCCAGAAGUGCCACCUGUCAGUGUCCAUCAGUGCCAGCUGCCAGUGCUGAACAGUGCCAUGUGCCAGUGCCACAUCAAUGCCACAUAUCAGUGCCUACCAGUGCACAUCAAUGCCACAUAUCAGUACCCAUCUGAGCUGCCUUUCAGUGUCACCCAUCAGUGCCACCUAUCAAUGCCAAUCAGUGCCACCUAUCAGUGCUGCCAAUCAGUGCCACCUAUCAGUGCCAGUCAGUGCUGCCUAUCAGUGUGCAUCAGUGCUGCCUAUCAGUGCCCGUCAGUGCCUCCUAUCAGUGCCAGUCAGUGCCGCCUAUCAGUGCCGCCUAUCAGUGCCAUAUAUCAGUGCCGCCUUUCAGUGCCCAUCAGUGAUGCCUGUCAAUGCCCAUCAGUGCCACCUACCAGUGCCUCCUCAUCAGUGCCACCUAUCAGUGUCCAUCAGUGCAGACUAUCAGUGCCCAUCACUGCAGUCUCAUUAGCGCACAUCAGUGAAGGAGAAAAAUCACUUAUUUACUAAAUUUUACAACAAAAACUAAGAAAAAACAUUUUUUUUUCACAAUUUUCAGUGGUUUUUGGUUUGUUGAAGAAAAAUAA